AUGAAUAUGAAUACUCUGCUGAAAGAUUUUGUCAGUGACCUGGAGGGAUAUGCAGAGCAGCAGCAGCAGCAAAGCACAUCAUCGCCAGGGCUCGACAGAAAGAGGAAGGUGGACCAUGCAGAGCCUGCCUUCGUCGACGAAGCUGCAGUCCCGCCCUCCAAUGGAGACGACGAUGCGGGCAAAAUGAAUCACCUCAAGAAGAGCCCAGAGAGCGACGACAACGAUUCCGACCACCGAGGGCGCAAGGCCGUCAAAUCGGGCAACAACCAAGAUGACGAUGAUGAACAAGAAGAUUCGUCGUCAUCUACAUCUACAUCGCCCAAUGACAGUGGGAUGGACAAGCCCACCGAAGGCGAGGACCAAGAUGAAGAUGAUGAAGUCGCCGAAGAUGAUGAAGCAGACGCCCCCACCGCCCGAUCUCUAGAAGAGCCCACCGACGCGCAGCCGCCAUCGCCGCCGCCGCUGCCGCUCCACCGGCACCGACCGUCGGCCGGCGCCCGCCGCACGUUCGACAACCUCAUGGCCGACGCUGCAGACUCGAGCCCGUCGUCGACGCACCGCUCCACGGUGAUCGCGGCCGUGGUCGUGUUCGACGGCGAGGGCCGCGUGCUGCUCGUGCAGGAGGCCAAGCCCAAGUGCCGCGGUUUGUGGUAUCUGCCAGCGGGUCGGGUGGAGGUGGGCGAGUCACCGAUCGAGGGCGCCAUGCGCGAAGUGGAGGAGGAGUCGGGGCUGCAGCUGGAGCCGUCGGGCAUCUUCUCGGUCGAGUACAAGAUCAGCAAGCGCUCCGGCAAGGCCUGGAUCCGAUACGGCAUCACCGGCCAAAUCGUCGGCGGUUCCCUCAAGACCCCCGACAGGGAGGACAAGGAGAGUAUCCAGGCGCGGUGGUUCCCGCUCGAGGAGGUCAACGAGUCGCUGGGGCUGCGCAACGACGACAUGCUCAAGCUCAUCGCCCUCCACCGGCAGAACGGCGACCGGCCCAUCCCCGUACUCAGCUCCUACAAGUCGUAG